GUAAUGGCCGUACAAUACAUCACUUGUUGUCUCUUAUUAUCGGUUAUCAAACCAUUUGUUUGACUAUUCAUUGCAUUAAUCGCUUCAUGAUAUGAGUUAUGCGAACAAUCCAUUCAUUAGUUGCAAACCACUCGUCGAGACAUCCAUUCAUUUAGUGAUGAAUUUAUUAGUCAUUUGUUUCAAUCAACUGUUGUUUUGAUUGACACCACCACUCAUAUCACACACUAAGAUCACCCGUAACUGAUACCACUCUCGUACGACUGGUCACUAUCACCGCAGUGUUCACCACAGAGCACAUCAUCACCAGAAGAGAUCACAUCAUCACCAGAAGAGAUGGUCAAAGAGAAGCCCAAUUCGACGCGAACUUACGACGAGGAAGGCUUCCGCAGAAGAGCCGCCUGUCUUUGUGUCAGAGAUGACCACCAGAAGGAGAUAUUACUGGUGACCAGCAGUAGAGCGGGUGAUCGUUGGAUAGUUCCCGGCGGAGGUCUUGAACCAAAUGAAGACCCGUCCUCUGCCGCCAUCAGAGAGACCAUUGAAGAGGCGGGCGUUAAAGGAGUGAUCAGACGAUGUUUAGGCACUUUUGAGAAUUCUGAGCGAAAACACCGGACAUCAGUGUUUGUAAUGCAUGUGACAGAAGAGCUCGAAGAGUGGGAAGACUCGCAAAGUCGUAAGAGGAAUUGGUUCUCAAUUGAAGAGGCGCUCAAACUGUUGGCGAUUCACAAACCCGUUCAGACAACUUAUGUCAAACUGCUCGUCAAGAACGACAGCCUCCUGUCCUCUUCGUAGCACUUCUUGUGGCACAAGAAUUGAAGUUUUGAUCACUUUUUUCUCUCAGAUUUUAACUCUAAAUGUUUUUUAUUAUUAUAAGAGAUCUGCUAUUCAGAGAUAUCAUAGCAUUUGUUGCUGUUGUCGAUGAAUACUAUUUAAUUGUAUUAAUCUGUAUAUAUUAUACACCGUUUAUAUCUUCUGAUUCAUACAAAUUCGUAGAAAUUGCUUUCCAUCGUAAGCCACACGAAGACAAUAAGUGGUGAUAUUUUGAGUAUUUUUAUCGUUUAAUGAUAAUAAUUAUGAAAUCAAUUGUGGUUCAAAGCUAUCUGUAUUAAGCCGUGAAAUAUUCACAUGAGAUCUAAAUUGUUUGAAUGCCAGCAUAAGAUAACUGAGUGUUAAUGCGAUAUUGUUAUCAAAUAAUUGAUUAUAAAUUAUAUAAAUGUCUCAAAGUUUUACAAUUCAUACGAUCUGGUCAUUUAUGUCAUGUCUCUCUACUCCAUACCAAUCAUAGAUUAUAUUGAAAAUUGUUAUGAAAUCAUAUGUUUUAACCUUUUAAUAAUCGGUACUUAAAAAAUUUAUUUUACAC